GCAGGUUUUGCGCAGCUCACAGGAAGCGCACGCUAACGACUUCCGGUGAGCGUGUUCUUCAAGUUGUAUUGGAAGUGGGAGGCGGUUUACCGCAUUGUCCCGGCUGUAGAUGGUUUGGAAUAGAUAUGAGUGAUUUCAGUGAAGAAGUGACCAAGCCCGUUUCAGAGGAUGACCAGGUGGAAACAUCUGUGCUCACUGGUACAGGAAUGUAUUUUCCUUGGCUUCAAAAGCAUUUAGAAACUGUAGUGACUGGAGGGAAAAAGAAGAAGGAUUUUGCUCAGACAACAAGUGCUUGUUUAAAUUUUAUCCAAGAAGCUCUGCUGAAGCACCAGUGGCAGCAAGCUGCAGAAUACAUGCACAGCUAUUUGCAGAUCUUGGAAGAUUCAGACAGCUACAAAAGGCAGGCUGCACCUGAGGUUAUUUGGAGGCUUGGAAGUGAAAUUCUCUUUUAUCACCCCAAAAGCAAUGUGGAGACUUUCAGUGCCUUUGCUGAUCGGAUGAAAAAUAUUGGCGUCCUGAAUUAUUUGAAGAUCUCCUUACAACAUGCAUUGUACCUUCUGCAUCAUGGAUUGCUUGAGGAUGCAAACAGAAAUCUAAGUCAGGCAGAGACAUGGAGAUAUGGUGAAAAAUCAUCUUCCCAGGAAAUAUUAAUCAAUCUUGUUCAGGCCUACAAAGGACUUUUGCAGUAUUAUACAUGGUGUAAAAAGAAAACGGAAUUGUCAAAGCUUGAUGAGGAUGAUUAUGCAUACAGCACAGCAACCCAAAAUAUGCUCAGUGAGAGCUGGAAGACAUCUGUAAAUAUUUGUGCAUUGAUUAAAACUCCUGGAGUUUGGGACCCUUUUGUGAAAAGUUAUGUAGAGAUGCUGGAAUUCUGUGGUGAUCAAGAUGAGGCCCGAAAGAUACUCACUAAUUAUGCUUAUGAUGAAAAGUUCCCAUCAAAUCCGAAUGCCCAUAUAUACUUAUACAAUUUUCUAAAGAGAGAAAAGGCACCUAGAGCGAAACUGUUAAACGUGCUUAAGAUUUUGUAUCAGAUUGUACCCUCUCAUAAACUGAUGCUAGAAUUCCAUUUGUUACUUAGAAAAUCAGAAAAAGAAGAGCACCGUAAAUUGGGGUUGGAAGUAUUAUUUGGAGUCUUGGAUUUUGCUGGAUGCACGAAGAACAUAACUGCAUGGAAAUACUUGGCUAAAUAUUUGAGACAGCUCUUAAUGGAGAAUCAUCUUGUGUGGGUUCAAGAAGAGUGGAACUCCAGGAAAAACUGGUGGCCAACUUUUCACUUCAGCUACUUUUGGGCAAAAAGUGAUUGGAAGGAAGAUACAGAUUUGGCUUGUGAGAAAGCUUUUGUAGCUGGAAUACUGUUAGGAAAAGGUUGUAGGUAUUUUCGAUAUAUUUUAAAACAAGAUCAUCAAGUGUUACGGAAGAAAAUUAAGCGAAUGAAGAAAUCAGUGAAAAAAUACAGUAUUGUAAAUCCAAGAGUCUGAUAUUAAAUUUUAGUUAUUUCACAGUUGUAGCUACACAGUAUAGCAGUAGAUUGUUAUUAAAUGUAUUUAUUUGAUAGUUUAAGAAGGUAGUUUAUAUGACUAUAAAAAGUAUUUUUGUAUUUUUUUGUAUUUCCUUUUACUGUAAGUUAUAACUAGAAAAAUAAUGCCACUGCCUUUGUUCCUUGUAAAUAUAUAUAUAUACACAUACAUAUUUUCUUUUUUGGAAUGUUAAAUGGAACUUUUUUUAUAUUUUAUGGAAUAUUUUUUUCAUUUCUUCUAUAAAUGAAAAAACAUGUUUAAUUAGAGAAUGUAACUCUGUAGCAAUUAUUACUUGAAGAUAACUUGCCUCUGACUGUUAUGUAAUAAAAUACAACUAGUGGUACAAAAUAAAUUUCUGUUCUUUCAGACUGUAAAUUUACCCAUGUUAGAUUUACCACCAUGAGAAAAUAGUGAUGAGUUCUGUUGAGAAAUUUUGGAAAGAGAGAUGAAUUUAGGAAAUGACUUUUUUCUUUUUUUUUAAGACAUGGAAAUUUAGGGUUGAGACUUUUUUUCUACCAGAUAGAAAAAGACCUUCGACUACAGAGGAGUAUCUGGAUCAGAGAGGUAGUGGGAACUGGCUGUUUCAGCUGGCACUGGCCUAAUUUAAAAAGGCUGUUAGGUUUGUAAUUGCCUGGCACAGCAAUCUUAAGAUGCUUUAGAACACACAUGUCUUCUUGGCUUUCUUGGAAACUAGAAUGCAGCAGUAAGCAGUUGCCUGAAGGAGGAAACCUUACCAGUGAAAUAGUAAUCCAGCAUCACACAGUAAGCCCAGUGGGACGGUUUUUUGAGAACACAAGCUGGGCUUGAUAGCUUGUUGUGAUUACUGAGUGUUAAAGUAAGUGCUUCAAAAAUGCCUGCCUUUUAUUCAUUUCAUGUUCAGAUAACUAGUAAUUGAGUUCUAUGAAGGCUCACUAACUUUACAGUAAGCCUAACUUUAAAGCAGCUGCAAGAAAAUUGGGGGAUAAAUUAUGCUUUGUCAAUUUAUAUUUCAGUGUUAUUUUGUACUUGCUAAAACCAGUUCUAUCAAUAAAUAUCUAACCUUACAAUGUACACAUAAAACAAGUAGGUAUUCCAACAGAGCCAGAGGGAACCAAGCUAAAGCCACUGCAUAAAUAGGUCUAACUUUAUUGCUGGGAGUGGAAGAUUGGGUUGUGUAGGAGUUCUGUAUAAGAUAGACCACCACUCAAGGAAUGAAAUUCCCAGAUAAUGUGGACAAAAUCUCAAAGUGUAGGCCAAGUAAACCAGGGCAUCUAUUCCCUGAAACCUUUGUCAAAAAGCUAUAAAAUAGCUAGAGAAUGGAGGUAAGAAUGAGAGUAGAUAUGGUUCUUGGUUUCUAUACAAAACUUACUU